ACACUACCGUUAGCACGCGUUCGCAAGUUGGAGUGCAAGAAAUAAACAAAUCGCAGCUCAGCAACAAGUGCGGGAAAAUGGGAGUCCGGGGCCUUACCAGUUAUAUAGCACAGCGUGCUGAGAUCUACCUGAAGCCCUACGAACUCCACUCCACGGCGCUAGUCAUCGAUGGCGAUAAUCUGUCCUGCAAUCUUUACAAAGAUGUUACCGGCAGUUAUUCGGCCUUUGGAGGGGACUACGACGACUUUUACCGGGCGGUGGUCCAGUUUUUCCAGGUCCUGGCCGAGUGCGACAUCCGUCCUUACGUUCUAAUGGACGGAGGCUAUGAGGAGCGAAAGUUGCAGACUGUGGGCACCCGACUGAGGGGCAAGAUAUCUGUAAUCAAGAAGAUAAACCCAAAUGCCUCUAUUACGCUGUUUCCCCUGCACCUUAAGGAAGUUUUCGUAGAUGCAGUGCGGGAUUGUGGAGUCCCUGUGAUGCGGUGCGUCUUCGAGGCGGACGAUGAGCUGGCUGCCUUGGCAAGGAAACUAAACUGCCCAGUGCUCUCAUACGACUCUGAUUUUUACAUUCACAACGUCAAGUAUAUCCCGCUGAUAACGCUGACUGUUAAAGUGCUGACCAAACAGGUGAAAGACAAGAACAACGGCAAACAAAAAGAAUCCCGCAAUCUGCGUCGCAACGAAGCCAAAAAUGUGGAGAAGCGCACCAAGGCCAACAAGAUUUUGAGCGACAUUCAAACCUUAGAGCAGGUAGCUUCACCGAAAGGGAAAACUAAGACGUACAAGUACCUCGACUGCUGCAUCUAUCGAGUAUCCCAUCUUUGCGGAAAAAGCACUCUGAGUCCGGAGAAACUGCCACUUUUUGCUGCUCUCCUUGGCAACGAUUAUAUUGCGCGCAGUGCCUUUAAGAACUUCUUUGCGUCCGGUAUGGGCAAAGCAGGAAGGAGUCGCAAGCUAAAGAUUCAGCAAAAACGCAUACAGGUCAUCUUAGCCUGGCUAAAAGAAGAAACAUCCGAGAGUGCCUUGGCUAAAGUGUUGUCGAGGCUAAAAAAGAACCAGCGAGAAUCUCUAGUGUCCCAGGUCAAUGCAGCUAUUUCUGGUUACUCCAAUGAGUUGUGCCAUGCUUAUGAUUUCUUCGAUGAGCACUAUGAAAAUGCAUUUCCUUAUAUAGAACCCGCUAGUGAAGAAGAAGCGAGUGAUGAGGAAGAUUCUGUUAGCUUGGAUGAUAAUCUAUCAGAAGUUGAAGUUGACAAGGAUGUGGAAGAAUCUGAAGCUAAAGAGCAACAGGAGGAGGAGGAGCAAGCUGAAAAUGAAGAGGCUGAUUCAGGUGAUGAUGAGGAGGAAGAAGAGGAUCUCGAGGUAGAAGUUGAAGAUAAAACACUACUCUUCCCCCAAUGGUUUCUGGACAAACUAUACCCGGCCCACCUUUCACGCUUCUUUGUGGACCUGAUGCACCUGCGUAAAUACAUCAACAAUCCACAGAUCGAGCACUUUCCCUUUCACGACUCAAAUGAACUGGCCCUGCCUAUCCUUAACUACGUUUUCUCACUACUCCAUAACGUAGAGGGUGCGAAAAUAGAGCCACAACUAGAUGUGGAAGGUACACCACUCCCCAUUGAGUACACAUACCUCACGAGAGCUCUUCGAGUUACCAACGUAAGGUAUAUCAAGAUGCCAAUUGAGAAGGAGCCUCCUUAUGCGUUUGAACCAUCUUCACCUGAUGCCAGGCAUCUGAGGGCUGUAUUCCAAGCUUAUGUUCCGCAUGCAGAUACAGAGAAGCUGUUCAAAAAGCUGGACGAGCUGCCGGAGGAUCUGAGGCUGUACUUCCUGGCUAUUAUCUACUGGUUACAUCGCUCGGAGCAUUGUGAUUUGGUGCAUCUUCACUCGUUGAUCCUCAGUGUGAUUGUUUUACGAACCAUAGACGUUAAAAUUCCGGCUGAAAGAGAGGUGAAAGCUUUCCGUAAGAGAUUUGGCAAGACAUUGAAGGCAGAAAGGGCCGUUAGGGAUAAAGAAGCCGCCGAAGGCAUUGCUCGUGGUAUUAAACCGUGUAUCUUAGAGCUCUCAGUGCCGGAUCGGAUGCCCCAUGUACCUAAAUCGGAUUGCUAUUUAACCCAAGAACGCCUCCUACCUCAUUUUCACAUGCAGGAAAUCUUUAAGAAAAAGUUCGAUUUGUACUCAACAACGGUUAUUCACGCAUUUGCAGAAUUUCAGGCUGUGGUCUAUCAACUUAAUGGACUAAACUCUCUUCUGGAUUUUCCGCUAUUAGGUCCAAGAAUGAACCAGCUAUUUUGUGGCGCUUUUCUCUACAAUAUGUACGAUCUUCUGAGAAAUCGUGCAGAUGUCCGAUUCCACAUUGAGAACUUCCUACUGCCCGACUCGAAGAUUAUGUUUGAUUUCUACUGUUAUUUGUACGAUUGGUGCACUGACUUUAUUCCACAUUGGAAACGGUUGGAGGUGGAUCAGACGGCUGCAAAGGCUCAACAAAAGAAGCGACAAAAGAAGCAGCGUCAGGCGACGAGGAAAGCAGAAGCAAAGGAGUCCAAUGCAGAUCCCAAUGCGGAAAUGGUCAAGGACGCCGACCCCGAAGAUGACUUCUUCGAUUUGAAUAACAAAUUCUGCGCGCUUAAGGUAGCGUAACUUUUUUAAACUUGUUAAGUGCAAUAUUGAAGUUUCUAAGCAGUUAUUGAAUUUUAUCUUAUUGAUAAUAAAAAACAAACAAUAUUUUUAAA